AUGGGAGAAUGUUAUAGCAAGAAAUCUGUGGCUCCGGGGUCUGAAACCCCAGAGAGAAGCAGCAUCACGUCUGGAAGUUCAGAGUCAGAUAUACAACAAAGAAACAAAAUACGGAAAGAUUCCUUGGAAACUGGACAAAUGUCAUUUACUUUGACACAUCUCGAGGCUCUGGAGACUUGCCUGAAGGAAGCGGAAGAAAAGGCUAAAACCUUAUCUGAGCAGCUUUCAGCCUCUGAAGGAACAAAAUCAAAACUGCUUGAGCAAAUUUCCUGGCUAGAGGAAAAACUAGAGGCUCUGGACCAUAAAGAAGACAGUGGGGACCUGUAUAAAAAAAUGGUUCUUGCAAAAGACCAGUGCAUUGAGAAAUUACAAGCUGAAGUGAAAGCCUCUCAGGAGCAACUUACAGCCCAUAAACUAAAGCACAAAAGGAAACUGAAAAAGCUACAAAUUGAUUUGGCAACAGCUAAGCAAGAGGCUGCCAUCACUGUCCUGGAACUCAAUGAGAAGAUAAAGACUCUAUUUGAAGGAACGCCAGCCCCUAGAGAAGGCAGCUCACCAGAAGAGUCCUGUGGCAAUCUCCGAACUGUGGAAGAAGGUGAUCGAAAAUUUAGCCUGAUUAUGGAGUUGUCAACUCAGGUUUCCCUUCAGACUGAGAAAAUAACUCAGCUGGAAGAAGUUUUAGAGGAAAAGGAAAGGAGGAUUCAGCAGCUGGAAGCCGAACAGGGGGCCCUUCCUUUUCAAGAGGUCAAGGACUCUCCAGAAUGUUUACAAGAAGCCCCAAUUCUCUUUAAUAAUAGCAUUACUCCUGUGGUCUCUGAUGAGGAUAUGUAA